AUGAAAUUAAAGAAUACUUAACCACAUAAAAAAUCAUAAACCAGCUAUUUAAACUAUAUGCUUGAUGCUCGACUAUCAAAAAUAAGAUAAAAAACAACAGUUAAAUUUAUUGAAAAUGAGAAUGAAAAUAAAUUCGGUGUAGAUCACAUUUAUUUAAGAACUGAUUAUAGUGAUUCUCAUAAUUGUUAAAAUUGUUAAAAACAACAAUUAAUAAUCAAUGAAUUAAAAGCAUAAAUUUUAGAAAAUUAGAAAUAAAUAGACAUUUUGUAAAUAGAAAAAGACAUUAUAUAAAAAAAAGAAGAAUAAACAAUAAAGUUAUUGAUAUAGGAAAUUGAAAAAGCAAAAUUAGAUUAAAAAAGAUAUUCAAUCGAAUUACAACAAUCAUUAAUUUAAUUUGCUAAUGAAAAUAUUUUUAAAUAAAGUCAAACUCUAUCAAUUUAAGAUAAAUCAGAUUAAUAUGUUCAACUAAAAUAAAUUAAAGAAUAAAAUGCAAAUUAUGCUGAACUUUUACAUUAAUAAUAUGAUUUCUCAAUAAAUGUAAAUAUUAAAUUCGUUUAAUUAUCAAACUCCUUAAAUACAUUAAUUAAUUUGAUUCAAAAAUAUACAAAAAUCAUAACACAUAUACAAAUGCAAAGUUCACCUUAAUUAGAUUUGCUAUUACCAAUUUCAUUUGAAGAUCAUAAUAAAUAAGAUCAUCAAUAAUAAUUACAUUUCAUGGAUUUAAAUGAUAUGACAUCAAAAAUAUAAUAGAUUUAAAUUGAAUCCUUAACAGAUGUUUAAUAAAAAAUAGAAAAAUUAAUUCAAUUAGUAGCUGAUUACUUUACUUAAGCUUAAAGAAUAGCAAUAAAUGAUAUGAGUAGAACUAUGAUAUGA